AUGACAUGUCAGUUACGGUUUAUAACAUAACAUACCUUUUGGCACAGAUUAGUACUCUUGAAAAGACGCAGUUGGAGAUAAAAGGGGCUACGGACAAAACCAGCGCUCAGAUAGGGACAGUUGAACAGAAAGUUUCGUCUCAGCAGAGUAACUUUGACAAACUCCAGUCUCGGGUUUUCGCCAUUGAGGAUACGCAAAGGGAUCUAAAGUCGAAGACGAGGACUAUCGAAACACAAGUUGAUACAACACAAGGGCUGAUAUCACGGCUUCAAAGUAUCACAAGAACAUUUGCUGGUUUCUAUGCCCGCCUCAUUAAAAAGAGCGAUCAUUAUACAAACGGUACUGUCAUCACAUUUGAUGACGUCGUGUACAAUGACGGAAGCCACUACAACCCCAGCACAGGUAUUUUCACCGUCCCUGUGAGUGGCGUAUACGUCUUUAUGUUCAACGUUGAAGUGAAUUUUAAUUCACGUGAAACAAAUCGUGAGGCACAUGUCGACUUGAACGUGAAUGGAAAUAUGCGAGCAGACGCAUUGGUUUCCGGCGUAGCUGCUUUGUCCGGUGGUAACGCUGCCGUGUUAAAAGUAACAGCAGGGGAUAAAGUAUAUGUAUCUACCGCACGUUAUGAAGAACGUUAUUAUAUUCGGAUGUAUAGAACCUCUUUCAGUGGUGCCCUUCUUUACGUGAGUUAAUAAAGCCGACACAGCGGCGAUUUUGCUUAUAAGUAUAUGAUAUGUAGAUUAUUUGAAUUGGCAAUUAACACAUGUUUUUUAUUCACGUUUGAUAAGAAAC